AGUCGGAUGACUUUUACUGAUGGACACGUUUCCUGAACAGCGUUUGCAGCAUGAAGAAGGAGCAAGUUGUAAACUGUCAGUUCUCCGUUUGGUAUCCGAUAUUUAAGAAACACACGAUAAAAAGUAUAAUUCUUCCUUUGCCAAAGAAUGUAAUAGAUUAUUUACUGGACGAUGGAACACUGGUAGUCUCUGGAAGUGAUCAGAACACGCAGUCGAUACAAACGACCAACAGCGACUCAGAUGCAGAGGAAGAUGUUCAGUGGUCAGACGAUGAAACAACCACCACAGUCACUGCUCCCGAGUUCCCAGAAUUCACCUCCGAAGUGCUGGAGGCCAUAAACUCCCUGGGCGGGGGCGUCUUCCCCAAACUCAACUGGAGCGCCCCUCGGGAUGCGAACUGGAUCGCUCUGAACAGCUCGCUGGAGUGCCGCAGCCUCAGCGAUAUAUUUCUGCUCUUUAAAAGCUCCGACUUCAUCACUCACGACCUCACGCAGCCGUUCUUUCAGUGCAGUGACCAGGACUCCCCUGAUCCACUCAUCAAAUACGAGCUGGUCCUGAGGAAGUGGAGCGAGCUGAUUCCUGGUGGAGAGUUCCGCUGCUUCGUCAAAGAAAACAAGCUGAUCGCCAUCUCCCAGAGAGACUACACACAGUUUUACCACCACAUCCCGAAGCAGGAGGAGCUCAUCUCUCAGGCCGUUCAGGACUUCUUCAGCCAGCACAUCCAGUACAACUUCCUGGACGAAGACUUUGUGUUUGACGUCUACAGAGACUGCCAGGGGAGGGUGUGGCUCAUCGACCUGAACCCAUUUGGAGAGGUGACGGACUCGCUGUUGUUUCGUUGGGACGAGCUGACGUCAGGCGGAGAAAUCGCCCAACGGCAGCAGCAGGAGCACCCAGUCUUUCGUUACACCACGAGCGAGGUGACGGUGCAGCCCAGUCCCUGCCUGAGCUACAGAAUCCCUCGGGACUUCGUGGACCUCUCCACCGGUGAAGACGCCUACAAACUCAUCGACUUCCUCAAACUGAAGAAAAACCAGCAGGAAGAGUCCGAGGAGGACGAGGAGAAUACUGUACCGUGACAUCAGCUCUUCGUGUAACGUGUGCAUGAAUUGUUGAGCUUCUGUUCCUUUUUUUGUUUGUUUUUUCUUGGAACGCUUGUACGGCAGCUUCCGUGAGACUGCCGGAACCUGUUAUUAAAUCAUGUCACUCCUUAAGGAUGGACAUUUCUCUCCAGUCUUUCCCCUUCCUGUGAGACGGACCUCUGCGGAGUUGAAUGAAGCGUGCGGAGGGGCCGUGUUAUUAAAAUACUGUAAAACAAAAACUGAUUUUAUAUGUUGAACUAAGUAUUGAUCGAUUACAAACGAUACUGUUUAGUUUCUCUGCUCUUAAAAUGUAUUGGACACAAACACGCAGCUACAGUUAGCACACUUCACUGCUUCCAGGCUCCUUUUUUUGUGUCUUGUUUUUGUUUUUUUUCCCCAUCAUGCAUCACUUUGGACAUUUGCUCCCACCCCAACAAAACCCCAUUAAACUCCUUGUCAUGUAUCGAGCGGCUGUCAGUCCGGUGGGUGCAGUAAACCAGCGCACAAGAAAUUGAUUGUGCCUUUUACGCAACAGUUCUCAUUACGCUGGGAGCUAAAUGAGUUGUGUGAACGCGGCGGCGCGGGGCAGUUCAUUAUUAUUAUUUUUUCGAACUGGAUUGAUGGCACAAUUAUACGGAGAUGGAGAGUGCCACUGUGCUGAGAGUUGCAGCUCCCCGGGUGAACUGUGGACAGGAAGCGAUGCAAGGCACAGAGUGUGUGAAAAUGAAAUCACACUGUUAUGAGGGAGGCGGCCUGCUUUGACUUGGAGACAG